CGGUGGGGCGCAGGUUGUUCUUUGAUCCUGGAAAAGACAGGAACGUGGGCGGCGGGGUCCGGGCCAGCGACCAACUCAACUCGCUUUCUCUCCCUCCUUCGCUCUCCCCACCCUGGGUCGGGUGCGGUGGCGUGUCCGGCGGGGGGCUGCGGGACGCGGGGCCGGGCUGGAGCGCCAUGAGCAGCCCGGAUGCCGGCUACGCCAGUGACGACCAGAGUCAGGCCCGGAGCGCGCUGCCGGCGGUGAUGGCCGGCCUGGGCCCCUGCCCCUGGGCCGAGUCGCUGAGCCCCCUUGGAGACGUGAAGGUGAAGGGCGAGGCGGUGGCGGGCAGCGGCGCGUCGGCCGGGGCCUCGGGCCGAGCCAAGGGCGAGUCUCGCAUCCGGCGACCCAUGAACGCCUUCAUGGUGUGGGCCAAGGACGAGCGCAAGCGGCUGGCGCAACAGAACCCGGACCUGCACAAUGCCGAGCUGAGCAAGAUGCUGGGCAAGUCGUGGAAGGCGCUGACGCUGGCGGAGAAGCGGCCCUUCGUGGAGGAGGCCGAGCGGCUGCGCGUGCAACACAUGCAGGACCACCCCAACUACAAAUACCGGCCGCGGCGCCGCAAGCAGGUGAAGCGCCUCAAGAGGGUGGAGGGAGGCUUCCUGCACGGCCUCGCCGAGCCGCCGGCCGCCGCGCUGGGCCCCGAGGGCGGCCGCGCGGGUCUGGACGGCCUGGGCCUCCCCUUCCCGGAGCAGGCCUUCCCGCCGGGCCCGCCGCUGCUGGCCGCGCACCUAGGCGGCCACUAUCGCGACUGUCAGGGCUUGGGCGCGCCCUCGCUCGACGGCUACCCGCUGCCCACUCCCGACCCAUCCCCGCUGGACGGCGUGGACCCCGACCCGGCCUUCUUCGCCGCCCCGCUCCCCGCGGACUGCCCGGCGCCGGGCGCAUACCCCUACCCGCAGGCCUCGGACUACGCGGGGCCGCCCGAGCCGCCCGGGGGUCCCAUGCACCCCCGGCUUGGCCCUGAGCCCGCGGGGCCCUCUCUGCCCGGCCUCCUGGCGCCCCCCAACGCAAUGCACAUGUACUACGGCGCGGUGGGCUCGCCCGCGGCCGGCGGCGUGCGCGGUUUCCAGAUGCACCAGCAGCAGCACCAUCCGCCAGGCCCGGGGCAGCCGUCGCCCCCACCCGACGGGCUGCCCUGCCGGGACGCCGCGGACCCUAGCCAGCCCGCGGAGCUCCUCGGGGAAGUGGACCGCACGGAAUUUGAACAGUAUCUGCACUUCGUGUGCAAGCCCGAGAUGGGUCUCCCUUACCAGGGACACGACUCCAGCGUUAAUCUCCCCGACGGCCACGGGGCCAUUUCCUCUGUAGUGUCAGACGCCAGCUCCGCGGUAUAUUACUGCAACUACCCCGACGUUUGACAGGUCAGGAGCCGCCCCGCCUGGAGGCCAGAAACCCCAACAGUGUUACACACUUCCUGGAGGAGCUAAGGAAAUUCUCAGCCUCAUGUUGUUUUGUUUUGUUAAGUUGCCUUGGCAUAUAAUUUAUGGUAAUUUAUUUUGUCUGCCCCUUGAACAGUUGGGGGAGGGGGAAAUGUGAGGUUGCCUUUGAAGACUCUUUCAGACCUUUGCCACAGUUGCGUUGCCAAAGCCUCGUUUCCAACGUCAAGUUUACCAGUUUUGAGUGUGUCCUUAGAAUAACUUGCUCCAUUUCCUGAAAAUUUGUCGAUCAAAGAAAUUUUGUUGUGGUUGUUUUUUUAAUCUUUGAAAAAAUAAAAUCUAGAUUCAUGCCUUU